ACCCGACUCCCACCCAACAACCAUGGCGCACGUGAUCUUCUACAUGACCAAUGCUACCGGCCUCCGCAAGACCAAGACCGAUAUCCGCGAGACUCGCUACCUGCUCGAUGCCAAGCGUGUCAUCUACGAGGAGGUUGACGUCUCGUUGAUGGACGAUGACGAGCGUGCCGAGAUGUGGGGCAAGAGUGGUACGAAGACCCUUCCGCAGGUCUUUGUCGACGACGAGUACAUCGGUGGCUACGACGAGCUGCAGGAGCUCGAGGAGGAGGGCAAGCUUGAUGCGGUGCUCAAGGUUGACCAGCAGUAAGCUGGCUCCACCGCCCUCAACCCUCUCCGACCUCUCUGCUCUUUCCUCCUUUACCGUGCACAUACUCCAAUCGGCGCCCUGCGGGCAAGGCCCUUGCCUCAUCGCCCGGCUGCAGGCGAUAUCACGCCAUUAUACAGCCGCCACGCACAUCUGCUGCCCCCUCGGCAGCUGCAUAAACGCAAAUCUGCCCCCAGA